GAAGGACAAAUAUUCGCAGUGAAGAAGUUAGUAGUGUUACAUAAGAAUAAAAAACUGAUGCGGCUGUUUAAUUACAUUCUUUUAAUUAAAACGCCCAACUCUCUCUUCAUCUCAUCUCACUCACACCUUUUAUUUUCUCUCACAUGUCCUACACAAACACCCACAAGCCAUAAAGCAAAGCUGCUGCUGCUGCUACUCACAGAAGAAUAUACAUAUACAUAUAUACACACAAAACCCACCCAGAAAAACGGAAAAGGAAAGCCUUCUUUGGAUCAUAUUUUCUUCUUCAGUUUCAGUUUGGUUUCAUCCAUGGAUACAGCUGCUCAGUGGCCACAGGAGAUUGUAGUGAAACCAAUAGAGGAGAUAGUCACAAAACCAGCAGCAAUAGAAAGGAAAGUCAGGCCUCAAAAAGAACAUGCUUUGAAUUGUCCAAGGUGCAACUCAACAAAUACCAAGUUCUGUUACUAUAACAAUUACAGUCUAACACAACCUAGAUACUUCUGCAAGACUUGCAGAAGAUAUUGGACUGAAGGUGGUUCUUUAAGAAACAUCCCAGUUGGUGGUGGUUCAAGAAAGAACAAGAGAUCAUCGUCAUCAUCAACUUCUUCUUCUUCUAUUAUCUCUUCUUCAAAGAAACUCUCUGAUCUGAUUUCUGCUCCACUACAAAACCCUAAUGAUCAAGCCCAAGAUCUCAACUUAUCUUUCCCUGCAACAGCUCCUCAAGGUUUCGCCUCUCUCUCUCAAUUGGUUCAAGUCCCCACCAUUGACAACAACAAUAACAACAACAAGAAUCAGAUAUCUUCUACUACUUCUACUACUACUACGACUUCUACUUCUACUGCUACUACUACUCAGCUCUCAGCCUUGGAGCUGCUAACUGGAAUGUCCACAAGAGGGUUGAAUUCCUUCAUGCCCAUGCCAAUUCCAGAUCCAACCAGCGUUUACACCUCUGGCUUAACGUUUCCUCUACAAGACUUGAAGCCAACCCUAAAUUUCUCACUAGAUGGUCUUGGAACGGGGUAUGGGAGUCUUCAAGAGACUAAUGGGAGGCUCUUAUUUCCAUUUGAAGACUUGAAACAAGUGUCCAGUACAGGUGAGAUUGGGCAAAAUAGAGAGCAGGGAGAUUCAGCUGGGUACUGGACUGGAAUGUUAGGUGGAUCAGGAUCAUGGUAAAGGAGAUGAUAAAUAAUUUAUUAUCUGGGUUAAUUUAUAAACGUCUUCAUGAUAAUUUUUCUCUUUUUUAAAAAAACUUUUAUUGAUUUGUUAAGCUGGGGUGACUUGUUUGGAUUUCUUCAUUACUAACAGAUAGGAUACAUGGGUUUCUCUCUUUCUCUUGUUUUUUUUUUUGGGUUAUUCUUCUUUAGUAGCUAGCUCUUUGAUUUUGGUGGGAGCUUGAAGCUUCAUUUUAGGUUGGCUUCAUAAGUUAUGAUGACAAGGAAAGAUAGAACAAGAAGAGCGCUGAUGAAAGGCUAUAAGCCCAAAUUUUUUAGGUAAGAUGUAGAAGAUGAGAUCAUGUUGCAGAGGUCCUCUAUGUCACAGUAACUUCUCUUCUCUGAGGAAAGAACAAAUUAUGAAGGUCAUGUCAUGGUAUAUUUCACUGGUUGGCUUGGCACAAAAAAAAAAAAAAAAAAAAAAAGAGAA